AUGGUUUCUUCAACACGUUCAUUGAGCGCUGGAUCGCUUAUGCUCGCUUUGCUAUGUUCUCCCGUGGCCGCCACAACUUACUCCCUGGUGGAGACUUGGCAGGGGAAGAACUUCCUGGAUUAUUUCAAUUUCCAUGUUGGCUCCGACCCGACAAAUGGCUUUGUUAACUAUCUCGACAAGGAGACCGCCGAAAGCACAGGCCUCGUUAAGCUCACCGAUACUGGCAGUGUCUACCUGGGUGUCGAUCAUGCUACCAAGCUAAACCCCAACGGCAAGAAGGGCCGUGAUUCGGUGCGUAUCGGCAGCAAGAAAUACUACGACCAGUCUCUGGUUAUCGCCGAUAUCGCCCACAUGCCUGGAGGUGUCUGCGGUACCUGGCCUGCCUUCUGGUCUGUCGGAAAGAAUUGGCCCGCGGACGGUGAGAUUGAUAUCAUCGAAGGUGUCAACUUGCAGGAUCACAACGAAAUCGUCAUGCACACAGCCGGCACUUGCAGUUUGACAGAUACAGGUAUGACCGGUUCGGUGAACGCUACAGGGUGCGGUGAGGAUCUAGGCACCGUCGGUUGCAAGAUUGAGGGCCAAGAGGGCAGCUAUGGCACAUCAUUCAACAAACAGCAGGGUGGUGUGUAUUCGCUGCAGUGGACCGACAAGUUCCUCAAGAUUUGGUUCUUCCCCCGAAGCGCGAUCCCGGCCUCGAUUACUAGCGGCAAGCCCGAUGUAACUGAAUUUGGUACUCCGAUGGCACUGGUUGAGGAGUCGUGCGACGUUGCCAACGCUUUCAAGUCCCAGUCGUUUAUCUUUGAUGUCACUUUCUGCGGAGACUGGGCAGGUGGUGUGUAUGGUGGCUCAGGUUGCCCCAUGACCGACAGCGAUUCCUUCCAGAGCUGCCACAACUACGUCGCCAACAACCCCACUCAGUUCAAGGAAACUUACUGGGAAAUCAACUCCGUUAAGAUCUACCAAGCUGGUGUGAAGGGAAUUGCCUCAGUCUCAUCAUCCGAGUCCAAGCCGACCACGACUGCCGCUGCUCCUGUGGUUUCCCAGACAACUGUUGAGACCCACGCUACUCAAACUGCUACCGUUGUGCACUCAGCUGCUUCCAAAGAAAGCCAAACCGCUGGAGCUGUUCAGGAACUGACGACUGCGUCUGUCUCUACUGUUGCAGCUACUGCCGAAAGCUCUGCCACCGGCAAGAAGACUCGGACAAUCACCUCCAUAGUCACUGCAACCGAGACCUACUGCCCCGAGGCCGAAAAGUCCUCCGCUAUUGCCGCUCACUCUGUGGCAACAACGGUCCCCGUUCCAGCAGUGCAAUCUGUUCAAACCCCUGCCCACGGCAAGGAUCCGGAGGCACGGACAUCUGCGCCUCCUGUGGCCCCUACCUCCGGCCUCGCAUCCGUCCCAGCUGGUCACGGCUACACCAAGUCGAAGUCUGCACCUGUUCCCGCCUCUACGCCCGUUGCAGCUGAACACACCUCUGUCCCUGCUGAGACCUUUGGUGGUUCAUGGGCGCACCCUUCUGUGCUUCCCUCGGCUGUUGUUUCCGACGUUCCUUACGAGGCCUCCAAAGCACUGAACUCUGCCACUACUGAUGCCUCGCCGAAGCAGACAACAUCGGCUACAACUAGCUUCUAUGUUCCUACCGGCUCUGAAUCUGGAGCCAGCCCUGUCUUUACCGGUGCCGCUGAUCGACUGUCCAUGAGCAUCUCCGCUCUCUUCUUUGGAGUCAUUGUUGCCUUUUUGGCUUAG